CAGUGGCCGUGGGUCGUAGAUCGCGUUAGCGGUGUCUUGUGGCCAUCCACUGCCUUCUGAGUGAUCUUCGAUCUUCGGAUAUCGAACCCUAAGAUAGUUACUAUCACAAUGUUAUCCUUAUGGAAGGAACUUUGAGGACACUCCACACCCUUAAAAAGAUGAAUUCAAAAGGAGAGACAGAAGAAGAACAGAGGGAUAGGAAGGCGUCGUUGCCGAUGCUCGGAGAGCAGACUGUCGUCACAUAUGUGACAGUUCCCCCAGAUGGAGGUUGGGGUUGGGUCAUCGUCUUUGCCUCGUUCUGGUGUAAUUUCUUUGUAGACGGGAUCGUUUACUCGUCUGGUGUCUUCCUGGGAGAUAUAUCAGAGUCCCUCAACAUCUCUAAAGCCAGCGUGACUCUCAUGGGCUCCCUACUCUCCGGGUUCUACUUGAUGGCAGGACCAUUUGUAAGCGCAUUGGCUAACAGGUAUGGAUUCAGGAUUGUCGCUAUUCUUGGCAGUGUUGUGGCUUGUCUCAGUUUUUUGGCCGCAAGCUUCGGAAACAGUAUCGAGUACUUGUGUCUCACGUACGGAGUCUUGGGAGGUAUUGGGUUUGGCUUGAUCUAUGUUCCGGCAGUGAUAACGACAGGUUUCUACUUUGAGCGAUGGAGGGCGAUGGCAACUGGCAUCGCCGUGUGUGGCUCAGGCAUUGGAACUUUCCUGUUAGCCCCCAUCACAGCCUACCUCAUCAGAGAGUAUGGCUGGAGAGGAGCAAUACAGAUACAGGCUGGAAUGGUUUUCUGCUGUGCAAUUUUCGGAGCAUUGUUCCGGCCACUUCUCCCAGUUCAAGUAACAGUUCCUUGCAGUGAGGAAGAAGAAGAAACCAACGAAGAUGAAGGAGAAGUGGACCACACGGAAACUGUCAAGUCCAACAAACUCCCGCUACUGAUGAAGAUCAAACACGCACGAGAGGAGCUUAAGAGAGCCGACUCUAAAUUGAGCUUUGACAACGAAGUCAGCAUCACAGCACAGCCUCCAAAAGAUAUCCGGAGGUUUUUGAAGGCCGGACACAACAUGAAGUAUGCCACAGUGGCUGAAGUACUUCACGAAAGCCGAGAAACAAUACAGAACAUAUUCCCGUCCAACAAUGCUCUUCCUAAGACUGAAAAUGUGGUGAAAAAUAAAGGAAGAUUCGAUGUGAUCACUUACAAAGACAAGAAAAUUAACGGACAGAUGUGGAACAGUAGUAAGUCUAAUACUAGUAACAAGUCUAAAUUGUCAAAUGGAUCAAUCACGGACUUCCCUGAUGAUGCUUUACUAGCGAAGCACCUUAAUAGUGAUCACUAUCAAAGACGCACCUCAGCUGCCGCACACCGCUUGGCCGCAGCCUGUGCCAUACUUGAGGCUUCUGAUGUCCGGCGCAACAGCAUCAGCCUCAGGUAUCACACAGUGCGAGGUAGAACCUAUUCGGACGCCAGCAGCGGGGGUCAGCCUCGCAGCAGAAGAGCGACAGUUUCCUCUGGUGUUCGACCAUUCUAUCGAGACGAUAUCUUCUUCCAAGCGAGCCCAAGCAGAUUACCACAGUAUGCUUCAACAGGUAGUGGGCUGGAAUACACAAUGCAGGUUACAAGGCUACCAACAUUCAAUGAUGUGCUGGAGGAAGAGACAAAUACUUGUACGUUGUGUCCAGAGGCUGUACAGCGCACCCUGGCUACCAUGUUGGACAUCAAUCUACUCACCUCCCCCACCUUCCUUCUGCUCUGCAUCAGCGGCUUCAUAACCAUGAUGGGCUUCUACAUACCCUUCAUGUUCCUCACUGAUAGAGCGAAGACUGCCGGGAUGGACCCUGACCUGGCACAGUGGUUGUUGUCGACCAUCGGCAUCACUAACACCCUGGGUCGUAUCUUCUGCGGCAUUGUCACCAGUCUACCCAAGGUGAGCGCGCUGGCCAUCACCAACAUUGCGCUGUCAGUAGGCGGCAUCGCAACUAUCUUCAGCGGAAUCUCCAUGUCUGACUCCUUCCAGUUUGGUUACGCUGCAUUGUUUGGACUUGCGAUAUCUUGUUUUGCAUCAUUACGUUCAAUCCUGAUUGUUGAACUUAUUGGACUUGAAAAGCUGACAAAUGGUUUCGGACUGCUUCUGCUUUUCCAAGGGGUCGCAGCUGCUAUAGGUUCUCCUAUCGCAGGUUAUUGCAUGGAGGUGACUGGAAACCACAACAUAACAUUUAUCCUCUCUGGAAGUUUAAUUCUCUUGUCAGGUGUCAUCUGCUAUCCUCUCAACAUGGUAAACAAGUGGGAGAAUGAACGGAAUGCCAAACGAGAAGCAGGAGAUGAAACAGUGAAGGAUCAAGUUGUAUGAGACGUGGAUUUUAACUUGAGACAAAUUUGUGGUCACCAUUCAUGUAAAACCAUGCCUGCAGACUAGGGAUGAGCAUCGAUAGUCGAUGUUUUUGAAACAUCGAUGUUUGAUGUUUUUUACAUCAAUGGUAGCUGUGACCGAUGUUUUUGUUUCAUCGAUAAUUUUGUCAAACAUCGAUGUUUUUGACCAAGUAUUGAGAUAUCCAUGUUUUCCAUUACUGGAGAGUAGAAAAAGCAGAUGAAAAACAUUGAUGUUUUUGCAACGAUGUUAUCGGUACGUCGAUGGUUGACGUCGAUGAAUGACCUAUCUAUUCUCAUCCCUACUGCAGGCCAGACAUUCUUCUAGGCUUUCAGAAUGUUUAGCCUCUUGAAAAGUUCAAUAAUUUCUCAUCCAGUCUAAAUCUACAUGAAUGAAGGUUGGGGUACAGAUAAUAUGAUAUCCUAAUUGGUUUGAAAAGGUAAAGCUUUAAGAUUCAUUUUAGGCUCUUGUUUGCUUACAUGUUACAAUUUUGAAAGAUAUAUUAACUUAUAUAUCUUAUUUUAGAAAACCUUGUUUAUAAAAUAAUUAUUGCUAAGAAAAGACAUUUUUUAUGUCUUCUGCAAGGAUUUUUGAGGAAAGUUGUGUCUCAUUCACUAAAAUAUUACGUUUUUAUGGCAUAUAAUAGUUAUUUUUUACAUAAAAAAACCAUAACUUAUAAUGCUUUUUUACCAUGUCCUCUUAUGUAAAAACCUAAUUUGUGUAAUUUUUUAAGCCUGUAGUAGCAGCGACAUGUCAAUUUUAUGAAACAGCACAUCGUGAACUUUAGUAGGGAUAUAGAGAAUGGGGACUUAAUACAACGGUAAUCAUUCAGGGGUUUAAGUUGUACAGUAAAGUACUUAAUUGGGAAGCCUGAGAAUACGGCUAUGUUGUUAUAGCCAUUCCAUGUAAAUACUUAUAUAUAUAUAUAUAUAUAAAUAUAGUUUUGUAUUUUUGUAUAAAUAUACAUAUUAAUACGGUACAUUUUUAAAAGUAAGAAGGAUAUUGUUGUAAUAAUUUCUAAUAAAAUUGCGUUUAA